AACAGCAAAACGCGGCCAAGUACCAAAACCUUUACUUUCCUUUUUUUUUUUUUUAAUUUGGAAUUUGGAAUUUUUCUCUCCAUCUCAACAUCCCGAGAUUUCUGUUUUGGGUUCCAUUAUCCUGGGAAAAUUUUGUGUGCCCUAAAGUUACUAUUGCAAUUCUAGAUACAAAUUCAGGUAUUUCAUUAUGAUCUCCUUUUGUAUUUGGAUACGCCACUGAUUGUAUUGGGGUUUUAGGGUUUAAGGCGGGUUUUUGCUUCGUUUUGCGUUUUGUUAAUUGGAAAAGAAGAAAGGAUCAGAUUGCCAGAUCGAAUGCGGAAUUGGGGAAUUCGUGUAGUCCUGUUCAUCUGGAAAUGAAGAAAGAAGGUGGAUAGGACUGUGAAAUCUUGAAGUUUUCUUUUAUCUCGUUCAUCUAGAAAGUUCUUUUCGUGUUUAAUUUUCACAAUAGAAAACCAUUUCGCGUAAUUGGUUGUACUUUCAUUGUGGUUUUCUUUGUGACCAAACAAGCUAUUUGAUCUUGGGGUGAUGUGAUGGCACUUGGAUUUGUCUGGAACCUGCAAAAUGUUUGGCCCUUUUCGGCGCUUAAAUUCGAUGACCUAAGAGCGUCCCGUGAAUUAGUUCGAAAACUUCCGAUACCUGAUUGCACGAAACAGUUUGUUUAUGCCGUUAAGGAUCAAGAAACUCAAUCUGUGAUAUACAUCCUCUCUGCUCAGAGUUUAUCUGAGCGGUCAACUUCAGAUGUCGUGUGUUUGAUUAGGGAGAUUAGGCCUGAAGCCGUGGUUGCCCAGGUGCUUUCUCACGGGACCGAAAUACUCACCGAAGAGGGUGAAUUAGCUGAUGGUGUUGAGAAUCCCCUUCCCACUUCGUCGUUUGAAGUUCUGAGAAGAUGUUUUUUGGAUAAGGUUAACAAGGAGAAGUAUGAGGAUGUAGCUGGCAAUUUGGUUUUGCGAGAGAUUUUUGGCAUUAGUUUCCAUGGACAUCUUUUGGCAGCCAAGAAGGCGGCUCAAGAGGUUGGUUCGUCAUUCUUGGUGAUUGAAUCAUCAUGUUUGAAAGGUUUUGGGGGAGAUGAUGAUACAUCCGGUGAAAGUGAUGUGGUGAACAAGUUCCAAGGGUUGGUUAGUAGUUUGGUUCCACAGAAAGUUUUUGGUUCAGCUGUUACGUUGAGUUCAAGGAGGCUUUUCUUGACUAAUGAUAUUCAGUCACAAAUGGUGAAGCUGUUAUCACCGCACUUGGAGAUGUCAAUAUCAAGAUUAAGUCCAUCAAGGUCAAUUACUGAAAAGGAAAUUCAGCCGCAAGACAAUUACGAGGCUCCACCAUUUGCUCAGUCCGUUUAUCCAUUGCUUGUUGAUCUACACAAUAUAUUUGUGGAUCUCCCAUCAAUUGGAAGGGCUCUAGCUCGUGCUCAGAAGAUGCUAUAUGAUGUAAACAAGGGGGAAGCUGUGGAUAACAAAAUCAUAUCUGAGGUUUAUACCUUCCGAAUUGCAGUUGAGGGGCUGAGAAUUGCUCUGAACAAUGCUGGUAGACUGCCAAUCAACAAAAUAGGAAAUCCCAACUUGGUUAAAACCGAGUUCUCUGACCUUUCAGUUGAGGAAAAAUCACAGGUACUCUUUGCACAAGCGCUUCGUGCCCAGACUAAGAAGUUCAAGACCAUAGUUGCAGUAGUGGACGCCAGUAGCUUAGCAGGUCUUAGGAAACACUGGAACCAUCCAGUUCCUUUAAAAGUUAAGGAUUUGAUCGGACAGCUUUAUGAGGGCGAGGAUGGUGAUGGAGAGGUGCCAAAUCAAGCGGACCGAAAGCAUUUGUUGACUGGUAAACCCGUGGUGGCAGUGGGAGCAGGGGCAACAGCAGUUUUGGGAGUUUCAUCUCUCUCUAAAGUUGUCCCGGCAUCAACUUUUAUGAAGGCUGUAACCUUCAAUGUCCCUGCUUCACUCAAAAUCUUCCUAACCCAAUCACAGAAAGCAAUGGGAUUGGCCCUUGGAAAAACUCUGGGUCCAUCGAAACUUAUUUCUGGAGUCAAAACAUCAUCAGCUUUGAAAGUAACUGCUUCUGCCGAGAAGAUCCGUGCUGUUGCCCAUGGUGUCAUAGCCUCAGCUGAGAAAACCAGCCUCUCAGCCAUGAGAACAGCAUUCUAUGAAAUAAUGAGAAAACGUCAGGUCCGGCCAAUAGGUUUCCUACCAUGGGCAACGUUCGGGUGUAGUGUCGCAACGUGCUCGGGGUUGCUUGUUUAUGGAGAUGGGAUUGAGUGUGUAGCUGAAUCUCUUCCUGCUGCUCCAUCCAUUGCCAAUUUGGGUCGCGGGGUUGAGAGAUUGCGAGAGGUGUCUCAGGAGGUCAAGCAGACAGACAGCAACAGAAUACAAAAGUCUGUAGAAUCUCUAGUGUCCAGAUUGAAGAAAGUAAAGAUUCAAUAGAAUAAAGAGCACGAUUCUUCCCUUUCAGUGGCAGCUGUUCUCUUCAGAAAGUGAAUCUUUUUGACCAAGUGAUUUACUUCAAAUUUUCUAACGUGUAUAUAUAUAUAUAUAUAUAUAGAGAGAGAGAGAGAGAGAGAGAGAGAGAGAGAGAGUCGAAUUGAGUCUGCCACAGGUUUGGUUUGUAUUUUUGGUAGGUGUUAUUACUUAUUAUGUUUGCUGCAGCUUCUUUAAAGGAUUUAUAGAAAUCUUUACUGAAUCUUCUCGUCAUUUGUAUAUAUGAAGUGUCAAUUUUGAAGGAGUUGAUGUAGUGAUCUUAUA